UAAAAAUCGAUUCAUAUAAUGAUCAUAUAUAUUUUAUUGAAUAUUGGUAAUUAAAAGGUUUCUCUGAGAAAUACGGGAUCAAUUGAAGUGUAGGUAACUGAAAAUGUUCAAGUUUAUCACUAUAUUCCUCAUAUUUGUUGCACUCUCGAAAGUGGGCGCUUUCGAGAGAAAUCCAGUAAUAUCAAAUCAAAAUGAAUCUUCUACAGGACUAUCAGAACCAAGAAUCUUCAUUAUAGCAAAAAUGACCAAGGAGGUUCUGAAGUUGAAAUUAUACGCCUUAAAAGCGGCAUUAGAGGAAGCAGCUAAUAUAAACGAAUACAAGAAAGAAAUCAGAUCUAUAGUGAAAGUGUCCCUCCAGAAUAUCAAUGAUCAACUUCAAGAACUAGAUGGCCAAAUCAAAAACGCCACUAAUCAAGCUAAAUCAGAAGGAGUUAACAUAAGAAGCUGCUUAAGGAGAGAAAAACUGAGUAAAUGGUCCAAAAUACGUUCAGGACGUCUCCUUCAAUGCAAAAAAACCUUCUCUUUUGACGUUCUAAAGUUGAAACUGGCUGAACUGUCAUAUGUCAAAGUUAAGGCAGCUGCCAUAAUACCCUCCUGUUUAGUUCUUCAUCCAAUCAGUAACAAGAAAUUGAAGACCUGUAUUCAAACAAAGAUUGAUUCCACUUAUUCGACAGCCAAUCUUAUCAAAUCAAACAUAGACGAGGAUGCUAGUAAAAUCUACGAUAAAGCGAACAAUUGUAUCGAAGAUAAUUUGGGAAAUCUCGAUUUAGAUAUAGAAACAAUCUCAGACGAGUUUGGCGAAUGCGUUAAAAAUAAAUUGAAGGAGAAUUAAAUCAUGUACCUAUUAUCAAUUUGAUCAUUUUGUAUUGUAAUAAAUAAAUCUUUAUUUAUCUGCAAAA